CCCUCUCCACGUCCCUGUGACACUCAGGUGUCUUUGAUCCCAGCUGUCUCAGCAGCCCGGAGCAACAGGAGGUCCACCUGCAGGGCCAGGAUGAUCCCGUCGCCCGUGGUAAUAAGGAUGCAAGCAAUACUGCAGAAGGAGAUGGUGCGGGAGUUCCUGGCCGAGCUCAUGAGCACAUUCGUCAUGAUGGUGUUUGGCCUUGGCUCCGUGGCCCAUAUGGUUCUAGGAGAAAAUUUUGGGAGCUUCCUCGGUGUCAACUUGGGUUUUGGCUUCGGAGUCGCCAUUGGAGUGCACGUGGCAGGGAAAAUCUCUGGGGCCCACAUGAAUGCCGCGGUGACCUUCACCAACUGUGCACUAGGCAACUUGUCUUGGAAGAAGUUUCCUGUGUAUGUACUGGGUCAGUUCGUGGGUUCCUUCCUGGCUGCUGCCAGCAUCUAUGGCGUCUUCUACGCAGCCAUUAUGGAGUACUCAGGCGGACAUCUGACAGUGACGGGGCCGAUAGCCACUGCUAACAUUUUUGCCACCUACCUUCCUGAGUACAUGACAUUGUGGCGGGGCUUCCUGGAUGAGGUAUUCGUUACGGGGAUGCUCCAGCUGUGUCUCUUUGCCAUCACGGACAAACGUAACAACCCAGCCCUGCCGGGGACACAGGCCGUGGUGAUUGGCAUCCUUGUUGUCGUCAUUGGAGUGUCUCUGGGCAUGAACACAGGAUAUGCCAUCAACCCAUCCCGGGACCUGCCUCCCCGCUUCUUCACCUUCCUUGCCGGUUGGGGCACAGAGGUCUUCAGGGUUAACAACUGGUGGUGGGUGCCAGUGGUGGCACCACUCCUCGGUGCCUACUUAGGUGGCAUCAUCUACGUGGUCUUCAUUGGCUCCACCAUCCCACGGGAGCCCCAGAUAUUGGAGAACCCCGUGGAGUAUGAAGACCACCGAACACCUGUACUGCCCACGACCAUGCCUCCCCAAACGGCGAACUCUUCCCUCGCCUCUGUCUCUGUGUCCCUCGACAACAGAACUCCAGUGCAGCCUAUCCCACCCUUAAGUGACAACAUCCAAGUACAGCAAUUCUAAGGAUUGAGUUCUGACCGGGAAUUGAACUGGCGACCUUUUGGAACACAGGAUGAUGCCCAACCAACUGAGCCACAUCAUCCAGGGCUAGGCCCCCACCUCCCCCAUUACAUGGUAUUUUAAUACCACA